UGUCCUCACUCGGUCGCGAGGGGCCGCUCUGGGGCGGCUGGAGCGGCUGGCGCGGCGGAGCCGGUGGCGCGGUGAAUGCCGGGCCGCAGCCCUCGUCGCCCCCUGCGGCGACACCGCCCGCUCGGCGGGGGCCGCCUCCCACCCCCGGAAACAUUGGAGAAGCUGACUCGGAACUCCGGGAAGAGCUUUGCUUCGCAAGUCCCCGAAAAUGGGACUCACAAGAUGCACACUCACUACACACCCAUCAACUGCCAGCAGUCUUCUAAGGAGAAGCUCUUUGUACCGGCCUGAGGAGGCUUCGAAGACAGACAAUUUUCGACCCAGAGGCGAAGAGUCCUGCCAGAUGUGGGUUGGCCUCCGCCACCCGGGCACACCCCUCUCUGUAUCACGGACUUGGCUUUGGGAGGUCCUUUAAGACUGUUAAGUUUCUGAACUGGCUUGUGGACAGCGCCUGUGAAUCUGGAAAAUCCAGAGAUGGAGUUCCCAGCCUAUCCUCUAAAUUUGUCUCUGAAAGAAGAGCAAGAAAAGGAGAUUCAAAUCCAGGAGCUGGAGGAUGGCCCCACAGAUAUGCAGAAAGUACAAAUUUGUUCAGAAGGCGCAUGGGUACCUGCCCUAUUUGAUGAGGUGGCCAUAUAUUUUUCGGAUGAGGAGUGGGAAGUUUUGACGGAGCAACAAAAAGCCCUCUACCGGGAAGUCAUGAGGAUGAAUUAUGAGACUGUCCUGUCCCUGGAAUUCCCGUUCCCUAAGCCAGACAUGAUCAGUCGAUUGGAAAGGGAAGAGGAGUAUCCUAAUUCUGAUGAGUGGCGGCUCCAGGGAGUAACCUUUGCAGAAAAUCAAGAAUCUGACUUUAAGACUCCGCAUUGGGCAAGCCCCAUGACUGCCACCUCUCCUUUCCCUCAACCUCAGCACUUCAACAGCUUUUGGCAUCUGCCUCAGGAUAUCACAGAGCUGCCCGAGUGGAGUGAGGGCUACCCCUUCUACAUGGCCCUGGGCUUCCCAGGGUAUGACCUCUCAGCUGAUGACUUGGCUAGCAAGUUUCAAUUCAGUCGGGGCAUGCGCCGCAGUUAUGAUGCAGGGUUCAAGUUGAUGGUGGUGGAGUAUGCUGAGAGCACCAACAACUGUCAGGCUGCCAAGCAGUUUGGGGUAUUGGAAAAAAAUGUUCGAGACUGGCGAAAAGUGAAGCCACAGCUCCAAAAUGCCCAUGCCAUGCGGCGUGCAUUCCGAGGCCCCAAGAAUGGGAGGUUUGCUCUGGUGGACCAGCGUGUGGCUGAGUAUGUCAGAUACAUGCAGGCCAAAGGGGACCCCAUCACCAGGGAGGCAAUGCAGUUGAAAGCUCUUGAAAUCGCCCAGGAAAUGAACAUUCCAGAGAAAGGGUUCAAGGCAAGUCUGGGCUGGUGUAGAAGAAUGAUGAGAAGGUAUGACCUGUCUCUGAGGCAUAAAGUGCCAGUUCCACAGCACCUGGCAGAGGACCUGACUGAGAAGCUUGUCACUUACCAGCAGAGCGUGCUGGCUCUGCGCCGGACACAUGGCUAUGAGGUAGCACAGAUGGGCAAUGCAGAUGAGACACCCAUCUGCUUAGAAGUGCCCUCUAGGGUGACUGUGGACCACCAGGGUGAAAAGCCUGUCUUGGUCAAGACACCAGGUAGGGAGAAACUGAAGAUCACAGCCAUGCUGGGUGUCUUGGCUGAUGGGAGGAAGUUACCCCCAUACAUCAUUUUGAGGGGGACAUAUAUCCCCCCUGGGAAGUUCCCCAGUGGCAUGGAAAUCCGCUGCCACCGCUACGGGUGGAUGACCGAGGACUUGAUGCAAGACUGGUUGGAAGUUGUGUGGAGACGGAGAACUGGAGCUGUGCCCAAACAGCGAGGGAUGCUGAUCCUGAAUGGCUUCCGGUGCCAUGCCACCGACUCUGUGAGGAGCUCCAUGGAAAGCAUGAACACAGACAUGGUGAUCAUCCCAGGGGGCCUGACCUCCCAGCUGCAGGUGCUGGAUAUGGUAGUCUACAAGCCUCUGAAUGACAGUGUCCGGGACCAGUAUUCCAACUGGCUUCUGGCAGGGAACCUGGCACUGAGCCCCACUGGAAAUGCGAAGAAGCCACCCCUGGGCCUCUUCCUGGAGUGGGUCAUGGUUGCAUGGGACAGCAUCUCAAGUGAAUCAAUUGUCCAGGGGUUCAGAAAGUGCCACAUUUCCAGCAACUUAGAGGAGGAAGGUGAUGUCCUAUGGGAAAUUGAGAGCCAGUUGCCCAGAGAACCGCCAAAAGAAUGUGAUCCUGAAAGUGUGGCUGAGGGCAUCUGAAGGAAGAGUUGAGGUAACUGACCAGGAGUAGAAGUCCACCAUCACCGAUGCUCCUGGCAUGUCUAGCACUUAUCUUUUUCCUGGCCACUAGUUUCUCUAAGUUCUCUUUAAGCCUGCCAUGCCACAAUAUAGACAGCAGGUCAUCAGCAUUUUCUUUUGUACUUUGUUCUCUGGCCUAGAUCCAGGAGCACUUGUGUAGUGGGUAUGAUGGACAAUGAGCUGCCAGAACACUUCAAAUGAGAGCAGUGUGACUGCAAAAGGUUACUUGGUGGCUGGGCAUUGGUGGCAUACAUCUUUAAUCCCAGAUCUCUGUGAGUUCGAGGCCAGCCUGGUCUACAAGAGCAGUUCCAGGACAGCCUCUAAAAGCCACAGAGAAACCCUGUCUCAAAAUCCCUCCCCCAAAAAAGCUACUUGGGCCCAAAAGAGCAUAGUCAACAUUGUUCCAUUUACAAAAAGAUUUUCUGAAAAGAUAACUUUCUUCUCUUAUAAAUGCUGAACUUUUAGGGCUGGUUUGUCUGCUUGCAUUGCUUAACAUUGUUGCACUGCCUCUUGCUGAUCUGCAGGACUAUGACCCAGGGAGAGAAUGAAGUCUGCCUUUAGUAUCUCUGAGCCUCAGGUCUGUGCCCUAGGGUGGUCAUACCAUGCCCACCAGGGAGUUGAUAAUAUGUAUUGUUUGCUUUCCUCUAGGGAAUGUUGAGAGUUUUAAAACAUCAUCUUAGUCCAUGGAACUUCAGAUGGGGUGAGCCAUUACAGACAGUUCCUGAUGUCAGCAGAUGUCUGAAGGGUAUUUUUAAAUGAAUCUUUGAAGUGCUGCAGAGCUGACUCAGCAGUUUUAAAAAAAAAUACUGUUCCUGCAGAAAACCAGUUUGGUUCCCAGCACCCACAUCAUGUAGCUCAUAACCACCUGUAACUCCAGCUUCAGGAGAUCCAGUGACCUCUUAGCCUUCUAGGCACCUGCAGUCACAUGCACAUUUCCACACACAGAAACACAGUAUACAUGUAAUUAAAAAUAAAUAGUGGGCUAGAGAGAUGACUCAGCAAUUAAGAGUGCUUCCUGUUCAUUCUUGCAGAGGACUGGGGUUCAGUUCCCAGCACCCACAUGACAGCUCACAGCCAGCUGUAAUUCUACUUCUGGGGAAUACAGUGGUCUCUUCUGGCCUCUGCCAGUUCCUGCAUGCAUGUGGUCUACAUGUCCUCAUGCAGGCGCACAUGUAUACACAUAAAAAUGAAAGUUUUAAAAAAAUUAAUCUGCACCAGAAAUAGUACCACAGUGAGUAAAGUUUAAGGCCCUAAGGUAGGGGUGGGAGGUUGUAUGCAGAAGAGCAGCUUUGGAAGAAAGCAGGCAUGGGAGCUGAGCAGGCAGAGCCCACCUAACAAAAGCCCUCUGUGCAUACCCCUUGAGCGAGCAGAAUGCCAGGGAAAGCACAGACAACUCAUCCGUUCUCAUUUUCCUUUUCAGUCCACCUGCAGCCUUCCAAAAGUGGCCAGUCUUUGACAGAAGACCUAAAACUACUUUAACAUAUUUUCAUACCUUCUCUUAAAAAAAACUCUACUAGUAUAUAUUUUAUUGCCCAUCUGCCAUGCAAGUAGAAUGCUAAUUGAAAUCUCUACCCACUUUGUGCUGCGUAAACACAGGCUCUUCAUGACAUACACUUCCUGCCCUCUUAUCCUGCCCUUGACAUUGAGCCCUAGACUCAGAGUAGAGCAAGCAGUUCUUAAUGCUGCAUUCAAGAUAACUAAAAUGGUUUCUUCCCAUGCCCCUGCUUUUGUAUAAAGUCCCAUGGAUUCAGGCCCCCUCUCUGGUGACCACUCUGCUGUCCCCAUUGCCUAGCAGACUUUGAGUUGCAGGGUUUUGUUUUUUGUUUUUUUGUUUUUUGUCUUCUCUCAUUCUUGUUUUUCCCCUCUCCGUUAGAAGACAUUUUCUAAGCAAUUUAUCACGUGUGGAACCCAAUCAAAACCAUCAGAAGAGGAGUGGGCAAGAACCAUGCUAAGUCACAGCUGUCCACACAGGUACUCACAUCCCACGUCAGCGGGAGCCUCUGCUCCUCCAGAUGCCUCCAUCUCUGUACAGCUGCUGGGGAGUGAUGGAAAUAGACUGGGAUUCACAGCAAACAAGAUCCACAAGACAGGCAUUAAAAGCAUCUCCUGUCAUGGAAUAGAAUGCUGCUUUUGUUAAAAGUCCAAGCUAAUUCAUACUUAGGUUCUCUGUUUUCAGCAAAUAAAACUGAUUGAAACACCUGAGAGGAAAAAAAAUGUAAGAUGACUGCAGAGGGACCAAAAAGGGCAAUAAGGCUCUGAACAUCCAGGUCUGGACAGCAGCCUGAGCAUCCUAUCUCAAGACAGCUCCACCCACCCCAUUCCAUCCGGUGUCAUACAGACCUAAGACCCUUAAGUUUAGCAACAAACUUAGGAAAGAAACGUUCUGUCCCGUUUCUCCUUUCAGAGCUAUCUCCUCUGCCCCUUAUAGAAGCCUACAAGGGAUAAAGAUACUUCCUGGAGAAGAGAACAUCGUUCAGCACCAAGACGUACCGUGUCACCACAGCUCUUGUGUCUUUUUCUGUGGAGCAGAAGCCUCAUGUAUAUACCUUUGCAGAUGCUUCACUAGAACUUGUUUGCACACAGGUCAAGAUGACCGAAAAGCUUUUGUAGAAACCACUCGUGUACUACUGUUACUUACACAUCUCACUGAGACAAUGAGAUUAAUAACAGCAAAAUGAAGACACCGGCUUGGAGCCGGAAGAUAAGAGUAUAAAAUAAAUGAUGCUGUUACACUUCCUAAUCUGGUUGGCAGCUAGACUUUUUAGGGUCUUAUUCAAUGACCCUACAUUUCCUAUUAACCCUCUUUAAUGAGGCAACGAUUGGUAAACAGGCCUUUGCUUUUCAGGCCUUUGCAGACGUCUCUAGGUCAUCUGUUUACACAGACAAGACCCACUGACUCAUACUUACUUGGUUAAUUUCUUGAAUAUUUUUAUCAAAAGGGCAGUGGGAGGGAUUGGGCCUUGAGCCACAGCUGCUUUCAGACUUCAACUCUACAAGAAUAGAUAUGAGUCAUUGACUUUUUCCACAAUAGUAAUUUGCAUUCCUGCAUAAGUCAACUACUAAGAAGAACAUUCCUUCAAAGCUAUCUGUACUACAAAAAUUCUACCAGAACCUCACAGGCAAAGCCUUUACUAGACUUGUCAUUCCAAAUACUCAGUCUGGCCAACCGGUUAUUAGGACUUUUUCCUUCCUCCACUCAGCUCAUGUGGAUGCUGUACACUGUUCCUGACAUCUUUACCAAUUUCUGCUCAGGUACUCAGAUAACUGCUUGCCGUCUACUUUUCUGAUCUGUUUUAACCAGUCAUUACACCUGCCCAGUUUGUCAGAGUUCCAAACACAUGAAAUGACUUCUAAGAUCUGAAUGAACUGACAUUUUAAUUGUCAUUAGCUUUGUCUGCACUGUCUUGUCAUCCCCAAAUGGCAUCUGUUUCCCUCCAUGCCAUCAGGGUUUGUUUUUUUUCCUUCCACUGUCCUCUUUCCUAACUUUUUCUUGCUUGAGAGCUUAAAAGAUGCCAUGUUGGGGUUUCCACACAGAAGCCAGGUAUCUUAAGGGAGAGUAGAAAUGAACUUAACUCCUGUUCCCAUAACAUCACUCAUCUGCUGAGAUGCCUUAUAAGUUACAUAGCACUGGAAUUUGCCUAGAGUGAUGGUUCUGCUAUCAGGGUCUUCUGGGAUACCCUCCUCCACUGACUUAAGAUGAUUUAUACAGAGCCCCAGUACAGCUAUUAGCAAAAUAGUGGUUACCCGAGAAUUACCAUAGCACACUGGUACUCUCUACUAGAUAGAAACUGAUCCCAGUAAUAAACUUUGAUAACAAUGA